AUGGAUCAUGAAACAGAUCAAAGUGUACAAAACAGUUUAGUGGAUGGUGUUCCAAAUUAUGCACAACCUGAUCCAAUGAAGCAUAGAGAGAAAUCUAUGGCUAAACAAGAUAAUGGGGAACAAAAAGGCGAGACAGUGAAUAUUAAGAAGAUAAAUCCACCUGAGAAUGGUCAAUUCCAGAAUAAUUCAGAUGGUGAAGUUAAUGGAGCUUAUAACUUUUGGGAUUUAAGUGAUAGUGAAAUACGCUUAUUGGAUCGAAGAUCCCAAAUGGAUACAUCAAGAAAAUAUUGGCCACACUACUUUAGUUCAGAUUAUUUGUAUCCAGGUGAAACAAAUUUUGAACCAACAAAUUGGGAUUGGUUACGUUUAAAUGCACUUGGUCCUGGUUGGGAAGAAGUAUUGAAAGAUGUACCAGUUACGCGUAGAGAAGCAUUAAAUUUACUUGGUGGUAUCUUAAUGACCCAGUCAGGACUGGAGAAAGGUGCUUGUAAGCAACCGAAGACUGUCGGACAGAAAUCGCGGCUUCAAGCUGAAUAUAAAACACAGUCUCUGGAUCUUGAGAAAGCUCAAGAACAAGCUUCAAGAGUACCAUUACUGGAGAAAACAGUGAAACAACAAGAAGAUUUAAUUUGUCGAUUGGAAACAUUUUUAGAUCGUCAAAGAAAACAUGUGGUGAAUGCUAACUUGUCCAAUUAUACAUGUCCAAUUAUGAAUCCAUUAGACAAUGAAGUUUUAGAGCCUAUAGGGAAUCAUAAACCAAUUGACAAUUCACUUAUACCUUCACAAAACGAUGAAUUGUCUACAUCAACAGCGUUAAGAAAUCUCUCUAGUGAAAAUGAUGCAUUACGUCGAACUGUAGCUGAAUUGAAUCGAACUGUACGUAACUUGGCUAGACAACAACAAGACAGUCAUGAUUAUCAACAAAGUAUUGAACAAAGAUAUCGUGAAGAGAUUGACGCAUUGAAAGAACAACAAAAUCGUUUACUGGAGGAAACAUUACACAAGAAUAGACGAUUGGAACAUAUGGAAAACGAGAAUUUUCGGACAGCGAUUGCAGAUAAUGAACGAUUAGAACUGUACAAAAUGUUGGAUAAUUCUGAGUUAAGAAUUAAAGCAUUAGAAGAAGAACUUCAACGUCAACGAAAUCCCAAGUCACAUCUGCCUCGAGAACCUGCUUGGAAAUAUUCAGGUCCAAAGAAAAUACAUCAAUCCCUUCCACAGUUGAACAAAAGAAAUGGACCAAAUAAUUUAGUCAGUGUCAAUACGCAUAAACAAUCCCCAAUAACCGAUUUGAAUAUGCAUUUUGCUAGUCAUAAUAAUAAAGGCUUAAAUCGUGUGUUGAAUAAACGUCAGAUACACAUGAAUAAUCAUAUACACAGUAAUAAUAUUAAUACUACUAAUAAUAAUGACAACAGCGUGAAUCACAUAAAUGAAAGUAAUGAGAGCAAUGCAUUCGAUUAUUCUGUGAACAGAGAGGAAGAAGACUUUUAA